AUGAGGAAUAUAUUCACACAAUGCUGUGUUAUACUUUUUGUCUUGUUAUCGAAUUCCCACUCAUUUGCACAGGAUGUAGAAAGUUACGCGAACCAUGUUUCUGAUGCCCAUACCAAGCACCAGGCUUUGCAGAAACUGAAUCAAUUUCUACAAUCUGAAGAUAUGAAUUCCUGGAAAAGUAGUUUUUCCAGGGAAAAAUUACUUCGAAGAGCAAGUACAGCAGCUGGUAACAUUACUUCGCUUAACAACAUGCUCCAAACAGUACUCGGUAACAACAAAGUUCAGACAAUUUUGAAGGAAAUAUUUCCACAACUGGCUUCUGUUUCUCAUUCUCAAGAAAUUUCUAAACUGUUGCAGGGUGUAUUGAGCAAAAUAAUAAAAAAUGACACAAUAGGACAACAAAUUCAGCUGUAUUCGGACUUGAUGAAAGGGAACAUUACCGGACUUAUGAAGGACAUAGAUCCAAAGGUUCUUCAAGGUGUGAUCAAGUCAAUAGCUGCAAAUUUAACGAAAGGCAAUCUUAAUCCAAGUCUAAAUACACUUCCAGGAAUUUUAAGUAAAGGACUAAAUGCCGAAACGAUUGCUCCGUAUAUUCUUAGUAUCUUGCGCUCGAAAAUCAUGUCUAUAAAAUCUUCCAAUCAAUGUAAAGAAGAUAUUAUCAAUACAAUAUCAGGGCUUUCAAAACGCCAGUCAUGGGCCUUAAAAAUGUUGGAUGCGUCUGCUAAACUUCCACCCGAUAUACUUGAUGUCAAUAUCAACUGGUAUGGGUCCUAUGAUGAGUGCAUUGCAGAUUCCUCUGUUCUUGACCAGGCCAAUAUUCUACCAAGAAACCCCUCUAUCCCUGUGGUUAAGCCACAGUAUUGUACCGUUAGUAUAUAUCCACCGGUGCCCCCAGCAGCGAGAGGGUUACUCGGAAUCUUCGGUGGAGGACUUAUCAAGGCUGGAGUUUGUGUUCCGAAAUCGUGCAGCAACAAUGAUAUUCUUCUUUUGUCUAGUCAAUUUCUCGACUCUGUUCCGAUCGGAAAUCAAAAAUUCUAUGCAACAAAUGUGGACUGUGUGAAGGACAGACCGUAUGAAACAAGGGACAUCGCUGUCAUAACGCUCCUAGGAGUUUUUCUUGUUCUUAUGAUUCUUGGAACCCUUUAUGACUUUGUCAACAUUCAGUAUCCAAUAUACAAAUCAGGAAAAAUGGAUGAAAAAACUGUUAACAAUUCAAUGGAUUCCGAUGGCAUUUACAAAUUGAAAUCAUUUGAUGAAAAUCCGACCAAUGUGAAUACAGACAAAAAGGAUGACAAAAAUAAAGACGGUAUUAAUUUAUAG